AUGGAUGAUUUACAAGUUACAGAUAUGUUAGAUGAUUGGGUUUUUAAUGCUAAUGAAACAAAUAUUUCGGAUACAAGUCAAUCAUUAUCAUCACCAUCUGUUCCUUCAUCACCGGCUUUGUCAUUAAAUGAAUCGUCAUUACCAAUAACAAAAGUUUCUUUAUUAUCAAAUAAUGAAGAAGAAGAUAAUCAAAUCAAAAAACGUAAAUUAAGUGAGCAUAAAACUGCGUCAAAUGAGCAUAAAAAAUCUAAACAAACACCAGCAUAUAUGAGAAGAAAUAUUCGUACUUUACUACCAAAUGAUAAAUUACAAGAUGAUACAUUAUCAGCACUUCGAGCUGAACAAGAUCGUCUUAAACGAUUAGCAGAAAUUAAUGAUAAUUAUCAACCAUUUCAAACUAUCUAUACACAUUUAUCAACAAAUAAUCGUAAUCAAUUUAAACCAAUACCAAAUGAACAAGAAUGCAUUGUUUUAGAUGAUGAUGAUAAAGGACAUGAAAGUCUCUCAGUACUAAAAAGAUAUACAGAUUCAAAUCGAAGAAUAGUUGCUGACGAUGAUGAUGAUGAUAGUAAUGAUUCUGAUGUUCAAUGUGUCGAUAGUGAUACAGAAAUUGUAAAUGAUAAAUUAACUAAAAAAUUACAACGUUUACAUGUUUACGAUCGUGUUAAUAUUCCAGAUGAAAAUGGUAAUAUAUUAAUUAAUGUAAAUCAUCCAAGUGAUGAUCCGGAUCUUUAUAUAUCCAAACAUCUCUGUUCAAUUUUAAAACCUCAUCAAGUCGGUGGUAUACGUUUUAUGUAUGACAAUAUAGUUGAAUCUCUCGAACGUUUUCAAACAACACCUGGUCUUGGUUGUAUACUUGCACAUUCAAUGGGUUGUGGAAAAACUUUACAAGUUAUUACAUUCAUUGAUAUUUUCUUACGUUAUACAAUAGCAAAAUCAGUAUUAAUUGUUGUACCUAUAAAUACAAUACAAAAUUGGGCAAAUGAAUUUAAUCGUUGGUGUCCAGUAGGUAAUCCUAAUAUUGAUUAUCAACGUCCGUAUCAAUUGUAUAUAAUAAAUGAAACAUCAAAAAAACUUGUUCAACGUGCUAAAAUUGUAGAGAAUUGGUCUCAAACAGGUGGUGCACUUCUUAUUGGUUAUGAAAUGUUUCGUUUAAUGGUAACAAAAAAGACUCCACAAACAAGUACAUCAACAAAAACGAAUAAUAAUAAUAAUAUUAGAAUAACGAAUAUAUCUAGUCUAAGUACACCUUUAUUUGGUGAUACUGAAGAAGAAGAAAAAAAUAAUGAAACAUUCGAUGAUAUAAGAAAUGCAUUAAUUAAUCCAGAUCUUGUAAUUUGUGAUGAAGGUCAUCGAAUUAAAAAUCAUCUAGCUAGUGUUGCAAUUGCUUUAAAAUCAAUUAAAACACAACGCCGGAUUGUUCUUACUGGUUAUCCACUACAAAAUAAUCUCAUUGAAUAUUGGUGUAUGGUUGAUUUUAUUCGUCCAAAUUAUCUUGGUAGUAAACAAGAAUUUUGUAAUAUGUUCGAACGUCCUAUUCUUAAUGGUCAAUGUGUUGAUUCAACUUCUGAAGAUAGACAAUUAAUGCGUGCUCGUGCACAUGUUUUACAUAGUUUACUGGAGGGUUUUAUUCAAAGACGUGGUCAUGAUGUUCUUCAAACUGAUCUUCCACCUAAAAGUGAAUUUGUUAUAUUACUUAAAUUAUCAAGUAUACAACGACAAUUGUAUAUGAAAUUUCUUGAAGCUGUCGGUGCAUUAUCAAGUACAUCUGAACGAACACUUAAUCCAUUACGAGCAUUCACGAUUUGUUGCAAAAUUUGGAAUCAUGCGGAUGUAUUAUAUAAAUUUGUUCGUGAUCGUCAAGAUGGUUCUGAUGUUGAUAUUGAUUUAGAAAUUGAUCAAAGUUCAAAUCGAUCAUUAUCAACGAAAACGAGAUCAAAUAGUCGUUUAAAUUUAAUGAAUCGUUCAUCACCUAUUUCAUCUCCACAAACAAUGAAUAUGAAUAAUCCGUUUGAACCUCAACAAAUGUCAACAUAUUCAGUGGAAAAAAAAGAAUUUGAUUAUGAUUUUGCGAAUUCAAUUUUAAGUUCUUAUAUUACUGGACAAUUAUCAAGUGGAAUUAAAUUUGAAGUUGCCUUAACAAUUAUUGAUUUGUCAGUUCAAGUUGGAGAUAAAGUUCUUUUAUUUAGUCAAAGUUUAUUAACAUUAAAUAAAUUAGAAGAAUUUCUUAGCCAACGUCAAAUACCAAAUACAAAACAAAAAUGGGAAAAAAAUAAUACUUAUUAUAGACUUGAUGGUAGUACAAGUGGUCUCGAACGUGAAAGAUUAAUCAAUGCAUUCAAUGCUCCAAAUUCUAAUGCAAAAUUAUUUUUAAUAUCUACAAGAGCGGGUUGUCUUGGGAUCAAUCUCGUUGCUGCAAAUCGAGUUAUUGUAUUAGAUGUAUCAUGGAAUCCAUGUCUUGAUGCUCAAGCUAUUUGUCGUAUUUAUCGUUAUGGGCAAAAAAAACAUUGUUACAUAUAUCGAUUAAUAGCAGAUUUUACAAUGGAAAAACGUAUUUAUGAUAGACAAAUAGCUAAACAAGGAAUGUCGGAUCGUGUUGUUGAUGAAUUACAACCACAAAAUCAAUUUACUAGAAAUGAAGUCGAAAAUUUACUUCAUUUUGCAGCUGAAGAAGAACCACCUGCAUCUGAUUUAAUUACCAAAAUUGAUGACAUAUCUAAUGAUCAAAUAUUAUCAUUGACAUGUAAACAAUACGCUCAAUCAAUAACAAAAAUUCCAUUUACACACGAAUCUUUAUUAUCAGAUCAUAAAGAAAAUCAAUUAACAUCAGCAGAAAAACGUCGUGCACAAAGACAUUAUCAACAUGAAAAAGAAAUGAAUAUAUAUUCAAAUCGAUCAAGAUCGAAUGUAAACCGAGGUUCAUCAUUUGUUAAUAAUAAUAAUAAUAGUUCUCGAUAUAUAAAUGAAUUUCUUCAACGUUCGAAUCAACCACUUGCAUCAACAACUGGAUCUCAUUAUUCACAACCUACUCAACGUCAAAUAACAGAAAGUAAAAUAGAACAAUUAAAAAAACGAGGAAUUACAGUUCAACCUGUUAUGUUACGAGCUCCAUUGGAAGUUCAAAUGAAUAGUUUCGAUCAUGAAUCAAUUCCAGCUGGUGUUAAAAUUCAUUUAAUUAAAUCACCUCGUGGAUUAAAUAUUCGAACACCGGAUGGAAGAAUUUUUUCUAUUCGUCAGUCAUCAGCACAAACAGUAAUGAACAAUUCACAAUCAUCACCAAUCGCUCCUCCUCCUCCACCACCACCACCACCUCCACCUGUUCUCCCACAACCAUCAACUUCUAAUUUACUAUUUGAUUUACCAUCAUUUCCAUAUCCUUCAUCAUUAACGAAUGAUUUUAAUAUAUCAACUGAUCUUCUAAAUGAUGAUCUAGAUCUUAAUCCACCUUCAACAUCAUCAUCAUCAUCUGCGUUUGACAGUUUAAAGUCAUGGCAAAAUGAUUAUCUUCAAAAUCUUGAUUUCUUUUCAGAUCUUUUGCCAAAUCAACCGAAUAUGUCUCUAUCACCCGAAAAUAAUAACAAUAUAAAUGAUUUUACUUCGAGUUCUUUAACAUUUACAUAA